AUGAGUUCAACCAGCUUGAAGCAAGCGGCCGAGUCGGCUCGAAACCGAACUACAGAUGUCAUGAAUGCUGCCAAGACGGACGGUGUUGCCGUCGCCAGGGACAUCCUUCACACCCCUUUCGUCAAGGCGGCACUGCCCUUCAUCAACGGUGGCCUCAGCGGCAUGGUCGCCACCAGUGUCAUCCAACCCGUGGACAUGGUCAAAGUCCGCAUCCAGCUCGCCGGUGAGGGGACCUCGUCGGGCCCCAAAGCGGCGCCGCUCUCCGUCACUCGACAAAUCCUCGCCAGCGGCAAGGUUCUCGACCUGUACACCGGGCUCUCGGCCGGUCUCCUGCGGCAGGCAGUCUAUACCACGGCCCGCCUCGGCCUCUUCGACACCAUCAUGGGCAACCUGACUGCUCGGGCAAAGAACCAGAACCGAAGCAUCGGCUUCGCAGAGCGCGCGACGGCUGGCCUGACGGCUGGUGGAAUUGCUGCCAUGAUUGGCAACCCCGCCGAUCUAGCCCUCAUUCGGAUGCAAAGCGAUGGCCUGAAACCGCUGGCCGAACGAAAAAACUACAAGUCUGCCAUCGACGCACUCGUGUCCAUUGCCAAGAGCGAGGGUGUCGGCGCACUUUGGGCUGGUGCCGCCCCGACCGUCGUCCGCGCCAUGGCCCUCAACUUUGGACAGCUUGCCUUCUUUAGCGAAGCCAAGGUGCAGCUGAAGAAGAAGACGGAACUUUCGACCCGGUCACAGACCCUCGCCGCCAGUGCCAUCGCCGGCUUCUUCGCCAGCUUUUUCAGCCUGCCUUUCGAUUUUGUAAAGACGCGGCUGCAGAAGCAGUCCAAGGGGCCCGACGGCAAGCUGCCCUACAAGGGUAUGGCGGAUUGCUUCACCAAGGUGGCCAAGCAGGAGGGCCUGAUGCGAUUUUACCGCGGCUUCGGCACGUAUUAUGUCCGGAUCGCUCCGCAUGCGAUGGUGACCUUGAUUGUUGCUGAUUAUCUCGGCUGGUUGACCAAAUGA